AUGGGUCGUAUGUGGAUGAGACGGAUGCUACUCAGACAAAACUCUCUACCUCUGCUGAAGCCUCCCAUGGCCUGCUUGUUAACGCCCGCGACACUCCAAAGGCCCAUCUCCUCUCCCUUUCUGAAACCAUUACCACCAACUCUCGCUCCUCUUGCCUGGUCCCACCGUCGCUCUCUUUCAACAGCAACAGCAACAGCUUGUUCUCUUCCGGAUCCUCUCGUUUCCCUCGAUGGAAUUUCUUCCCAUUUUGGGGGAGAUGACGGCGUUGGAACUUCAAACGAGGGCUUGAAGGUUCUUCUCAAGGGAAUGACAUACGAUGAGCUUGAAAAAUGGGUUCAGUCUCAUGGCUACAGGCCUGGCCAGGCUUUAAUGCUAUGGAAACGUCUCUAUGGGAACGGUAUUUGGGCGCAUCAUAGUGAUCAGCUGGAAGGCUUGAAUAAAGAUUUUAAGAAGAUGUUGAGUGAGAAUGCUGAAUUCAAGGCAUUGUCUUUGAAACAAGUUAUUACCGCCGCUGAUGGAACUAGGAAGAUUUUGUUCACUUUGGAAGAUGGAUUGGUGAUAGAAACUGUUGUCAUACCUUCCGAUAGCAGCAGGAAUACUGUUUGUGUUUCAAGUCAAGUGGGCUGUGCAAUGAAUUGUCAGUUCUGCUACACUGGCAGGAUGGGUUUAAGAAGACAUCUGACUGCUGCCGAGAUUGUGGAGCAGGCUGUCUUUGCACGGUGCCUGCUUACAAGUGAAGUUGGUGACAUUACAAAUGUUGUAUUUAUGGGAAUGGGAGAACCACUUCAGAACAUUGACAAUGUUCUUAAAGCUACAGACAUAAUGCUACACGAUCAAGGCCUUCAUUUCAGUCCUCGCAAGAUCACUGUUUCAACAAGUGGGCUUGUCCCCCAGCUGAGGCGUUUCCUGAAAGAAUCUAAUUGUGCUUUAGCUGUUAGUUUGAAUGCAACGACUGAUGAGGUCAGAAACUGGAUCAUGCCAAUUAACCGGAAAUAUAACAUAGGCUUGCUUCUUCAGACCCUUAGGGAGGAACUUCGCUUCAAGAAUAACUACAAAGUUCUCUUUGAAUAUGUAAUGCUUGCAGGAGUUAAUGAUAGCAUUGAGGAUGCAAGGAGGCUUGCUGAUCUUGUUCAGGGAAUUCCAUGCAAGAUCAAUCUUCUCUCAUUUAAUCCUCAUGGCGGAUCCCAAUUCAGACCAACCAGUGACGAGAAGAUGAUUGAGUUUCGAAAUCUUUUGGCUGAAGCAGGGUGUGUUGUCUUCUUGCGGUCGAGUAGAGGUGAUGAUCAGAUGGCUGCUUGUGGUCAGCUUGGAAAUCCUGGUGCAAUCCAGGCUCCCUUGCUCCGUGUGCCAGAGCAAUUCAAAAUGGCAAUGGAAGUGUCUGUGUGA